AUGCACACGGGAGAUGACAACAAAGAACAAAAUUUGUUAAUUAACCACAACAAUACCUUGCUUCAAGGAUUUGUUAAUUUAGUCCAAAAUUGGUGAUGCGAUCAGACUAAGAUGUUUGUUAAUUGGCGACAGAGAUUUUGUGUUUCUUCCUGCAAAAUAGCAAAAGUUAAGCACACCUGUUAGUUGUGAAGAAUACAUGUACAAACAAGUGAAAUUGCUCUGUAAGCAAGGACCCAUUUACAUUUAA